GCAGAAGUUAAAAGUUAAAGACAUGGAAUUUUCUUGACUUUUAGAAGUAAUAGGAAAACCAUCCUCAUUCCUAACCAUGUAUCACUUUAUUAGGUUCAUCCAGUAUGUUGUACAUAAACCUAUACACCUAUACUCUGCGUGGGGAGCUAAUUUAUUUGUUUAAAUUAGCAGAAAUUAGAUUGACUUGGAAAACACUAAACGAAAACGUCUACGCCCUGGAAAAAUAUCUCCUUGUCGACCUGUUCCAAAUCAUAUACCAAGGCCUCCAUAUGUUAAUUCAUGACAACCACCUGGAAUUGUUAGUGGUUCUGAAGUGCAUGAUGAGAAGGGAAUAGAGUGCAUGAGAGCUUCUGGCCAGCUUGCAGCACAAGUCUUGGAGUAUGCUGGAACUUUAGUCAAGCCAGGUGUAAAAACAGAUGAAAUCGAUCAAGCGAUUCACCAAAUGAUUAUUGAUAAUGGAGCAUACCCUUCGCCUCUCGGCUAUGGUGGCUUUCCAAAGAGUGUCUGUACAUCAGUUAAUGAAUGUAUUUGCCAUGGGAUACCAGACUCACGUGCCCUUGAGGAUGGUGAUAUAAUCAAUAUUGAUGUCACUGUUUUUUUGAAUGUAAGUUCUUCUGGUACUUGUGGGUUUUAAGACAUGGACUAAUGA